UUGACUUUUUGUUCACUGUUUUGGGUUUAAAUUCAUGGGAAAUUGUUGUGUGACUCCAUCAACACCUUCUCAUGGGAAGAAAGAGAAGAAAGGGAAGAAGAAGCAAAAUCCAUUUUCUAUAGAUUAUGGUCAACAUGGACAGGGCAACGGAGCAAAACUCAUCGUUUUGAGUGAUCCAACUGGGAAAGAAAUUGAGCAGAGAUAUGAACUGGGGCGUGAGCUUGGGCGUGGUGAAUUUGGGAUCACAUAUCUUUGUACAGAUAAGGAAACAGGGGACACUUUUGCAUGCAAAUCGAUAUCGAAGAAGAAGCUAAGGACAGCCGUUGACAUUGAGGAUGUGAGAAGGGAAGUUGAAAUCAUGAAGCAUUUACCUCACCACCCGAAUAUUGUUACCUUGAAAGAUACUUAUGAGGAUGACCAUGCGGUCCAUUUGGUUAUGGAGUUGUGUGAAGGUGGUGAGUUGUUUGACAGGAUUGUUGCUAGAGGUCAUUAUACUGAGAGAGCUGCUGCUGCUGUCACCAAGACCAUUGUUGAAGUUGUUCAGAUGUGCCACAAACAUGGGGUGAUGCAUAGAGAUCUCAAACCUGAGAACUUUCUGUUUGCUAAUAAAAAAGAAACAGCGGCUUUGAAGUCGAUUGACUUUGGUUUGUCAGUGUUCUUUAAACCAGGUGAAAUAUUUACCGAGAUAGUUGGAACCUACUACAUGGCUCCUGAGGUGCUUAAAAGAAAUUAUGGCCCUGAAGUUGAUGUUUGGAGUGCUGGUGUGAUCCUUUACAUCCUACUUUGUGGUGUCCCACCUUUCUGGGCAGAAACUGAACAAGGAGUUGCGCAGGCUAUUAUUCGCUCUGUUAUAGAUUUUAGGAGGGAUCCUUGGCCUAAAGUUUCCGAGAAUGCGAAAGACCUUGUGAGGAAAAUGCUCAAUCCUGACCCUAAGCGGCGACUUACAGCUCAGGAAGUACUAGAUCAUCCCUGGUUGCAAAAUGCAAAGAAGGCUCCAAAUGUUUCCUUGGGAGAAACUGUGAAGGCAAGGCUCAAGCAGUUCUCUGUAAUGAACAAGCUCAAGAAAAGAGCUCUCCGGGUAAUAGCAGAGCAUCUCUCAAUUGAGGAAGUUGCAGGCAUAAAAGAGGGAUUCCAAUUGAUGGAUACUUCCAAUAGAGGCAAGAUUAACAUUGAUGAGCUAAGGGCUGGGUUGCAUAAACUUGAGCAUACUAUUCCUGAUGCAGAUCUUCAAAUACUAAUGGAAGCUGGCGAUGUAGAUAAAGAUGGAUAUCUGGACUACGGAGAGUUUGUUGCCAUUUCAGUUCACCUGAGGAAGAUGGGCAACGACGAGCACCUUAAAAAGGCAUUUGAGUUUUUCGAUAGAAACCAAAGUGGAUAUAUUGAGAUUGAGGAACUAAGAGAUGCCUUAUCCGAUGAAGUUGAAACAAACAGUGAAGGAGUCAUCAGCGCCAUCAUGCAUGAUGUCGACACGGACAAGGAUGGGAGGAUAAGUUACGAUGAGUUUGCCGCGAUGAUGAAGGCCGGUACGGAUUGGAGAAAAGCAUCAAGACAAUAUUCACGAGAGAGGUUUAACAAUCUCAGCCUGAAAUUGAUGAAGGAUGGAUCAUUGCAAAUGAACAAUGAGCCUAGAUGACCCAACAACACAGACAAAAGCUCUAUUAAUGAAAGUGGCUGUUGUUUCAGCGUUCUUUAGCUGCUAUUUUUUUAUUUAUUUUUAUCUGAAAGAAAAAGAAAAUAAUUAGGGUUUACCAGGAUUGAGCCAUGCCAAGGUUUGUCUAUAUAAGGAAAUUUCCAUUUGUUUUGUUUAUGUACUCAGAUUUGAGUGGCGAGUGUUGGAUAUAGAUACAUGUCUUUGAUGGGUAUA